CUGGCUCUAUAUAGAGAAAGAAAAGCAGGAGUGUGACUAGAGCCAGACAGAAGGCAGAGAGAGAGAGAGUGUGUACAACUGUGUUAAAGUACUUUGACCUGGAGUUGAAAAGAGACCAGCUCACAUUUUUCCACUGGAUAUAACCGCAGGUAAGCAAUGUCGAAGCUUUUGAUGCUCAUUACACUGCUCCCUUUGCUGUUGGAGGGGGGGAUGUCGGUACAGACCCAGUCCCGGACAAAGAGAGAGCUUGCAAGCCCGCUGCACCUAAGGGGGAUCCGGGAUCCAUUAGGCACUUACUGCCAGAGGAGAGGAGGCUGCUGCCCGGGCAGAAAUGACCAGUGUACUGUGCCUUACCUAGACACCAUCUGCUACUGUGACCUGUUCUGCAACCGCACUGUGUCCGACUGCUGUCCCGACUUCUGGAGCCACUGCCUGGGAACAUCUCCUCCCUAUCCUCCCAGUUCUUGUGAAAGGAACGGCCACAGGUUUCACUCAGGAGCAACCUACAAAGAGAACUGUAAUUUAUGUACUUGUGGUCAUAAUGGACGUUGGGAAUGUGAGCAUCAUGCCUGUCUGAUAGAGGAUGACAUGAUCCAGGAAAUCAACAGGAGAGGUUUAGGCUGGAGGGCAGCUAACUACAGUCAGUUCUGGGGUAUGACCCUGGACGAGGGUCUGCGGCACCGUCUAGGCACACAGCGCCCCUCACGGACUGUUAUGAAUAUGAAUGAGAUCCAGAUGAACAUGAAUGGAAACGAUCAUCUGCCAAGUUACUUCAAUGCAGCAGACAAAUGGCCUGGCAAAAUCCAUGAGCCCCUGGACCAGGGCAACUGUAAUGCAUCCUGGGCCUUCUCGACCGCAGCUGUUGCAUCAGACCGGAUCUCUAUUCAAUCAAUGGGUCACAUGACCCCUCAGCUCUCCCCUCAGAAUCUGAUUUCCUGUGACACGCGUCACCAGGAUGGCUGCACCGGUGGCCGUAUUGAUGGAGCUUGGUGGUACCUAAGGCGAAGAGGGGUAGUGACAGAAGAGUGUUACCCCUUCUCUCCACCCCAGCAAACCCCUGCUGAGGUCGCCCGUUGUAUGAUGCAGAGUCGUGCAGUGGGCAGAGGGAAGAGACAGGCCAUAGCACACUGUCCCAACAGCCACAGCUACCACAAUGAAAUCUAUCAGUCAACUCCACCGUACAGGCUGUCUUCUAAUGAGAAGGAGAUUAUGAAAGAGAUUAUGGAUAAUGGCCCUGUACAAGCCAUCAUGGAGGUCCAUGAGGAUUUCUUUGUGUACAAGAGUGGAAUUUACAGCCAUACAGAUGUGAAUUACCACAAAUCACCACAGUACCGCAAACAUGCAGCACACUCCGUCAGGAUAAUAGGAUGGGGAGAGGAGAGGGACUACAAUGGCAGAACACACACAUACUGGAUUGCAGCCAACUCGUGGGGAAAGAACUGGGGUGAGGACGGCUACUUCCGCAUCACUCGUGGUGAAAACGAGUGUGAGAUUGAAGCAUUUGUGAUUGGCGUGUGGGGCAGGGUAACCAUGGAGGACAUGCACAACCAUCACCACCAUCAUGGACGACGCAAGUAGAGCAGUGAGAUCUUCUGCAAUUGGAUCUCUGUGCACCUGAAUGCCUGAUUUAUACCAUACAAAAAGUCAAUCAGGUCUAUGGCAGGUUUGGGUCUGAUUUCUACCAAACUGAUAAACCCCAGUGCCUUUUGAAAAUGUCAAUAUAAGUAGCUGUUUUAACCAUAUGCAUAAAAUAUUGUGCCCUCUCUGUCCAAAUACAUACCUCUGCUAGAGUUUUGAUUCUUCAAAGUUUUUAGUAGUAGAAAUUGUUGGCAUAUAAUUUGAACAUUUGUGUAAACUGCAAAUAUCAGCCACAGGACUCAAAAGCACUCAGGACUCAGUAUUCCAAAGAUAAACUACAUAGGCAGACAGGCACUCUGCAUUACAAUUGCAUCAAAUAUCAAUUAUGGCAAUAUUACGAUGUGUCUUAAGCUUUGUGUGUGUAUGGGUGGGGUUCCACUGCGUUUAGGAAGCCAUCUCUUGUCUCAUAGUGUCAGAUUAUUUUAAUAUCAUCACUCAAUAAGGCAGUCGGUCAGACAGCCCCCAUACAUUCCCCAUUUAAAAGGACAGAAGGAUGGUUGCAAGUACUGUAUAUCUGCAUUCCGUUGAGAUUAUUAUGUUAUUUUAUAAUUCUUUUAAAGCAUUUAUGUAAAGUCAGUCUGUGAAGAACCACUCCAGUCAAAAAUAUUGGAGAACAUUUCAGAAUGUCAUGCAUUUCUAUUAGGUCGGCUGUUAUAUAAUCAGAUACUGUAUGUUGUACAGAUAUUUGCCACUUUCUUCGUAAUUCAAAAACAUUUUUAGUCACACACAUUUUUGAUUGUACAUUUAGGAAACAAACCAAAAGAAAUGUAUUUAAUAAUCUUAUUUUUUUUUUUUUACUACUGCAGACAUCUGCCUCUGGCACCAGUUUCAGUAUUUUAAGCACGUCAUACACGCCAUAUUCCCAGAAAUAUAGUAAGCUCUACAGAUAAUGGUACCCUUCAGACAAGGCACUGUUAGUCUAUACUUGAGAUGCUUCCACAACAAAAUAUUAAAAUUAUGUAUGUAACAGUAUGAGUUAGAAUUAAAUCCAUCAAAAUGUUGCAUGUGAAGAUAAAACAUUAUCUUAUCAUCAUUUUACAUGAUAAAGAUGUACAUAUAGGCCUAAAUUUAACACCAAUUGGUGUGUUUUAUAUUAGCAAAUGUCUGGGGAAAGGUAUGAUUGCCUGUACAGGAGCACAAAGGCUUUUCCAUGCUAAAUUACCAAAAAAAUGGCCUGCCAGUUGCUGCAAUUAUGAAUCGCCUUGUAGAAUCUUUAAAAUUUUAAUUGCUGGUGUGGAACUUAAAGUGAGCUUAAAAGCAAAUACACAAAGGCCUAGAUAUUUGUUUGUCAUACCACGUGACGUGCUACAUUUAUUUAAAAUUCAGUUUAAAUGGAACCUUUGGUUGAAAUCAUUAGGGUUAUUGUGUAUUGGGUAUAUUGUGCUAGAAUAUAUAUAUAUAUAUAUAUAUAUAUAUAAUUAGGGCUGUCGAUUUAACACGCUAAUUCAGCGCGAUUAAUUAUAUAAAAAAAAUUGGACCAUGAUAAGGAAUAUUCCUUCCAUCUGAGCAAUUCAAGCUUGAAGUACCACAUGUUUUCUCCAGGGGGCAGUAAGCGAAUCUUCAGCUGUUUGGGCAAUGCGCUUAUACAGAGAACAAACCACACUCACCCACAGCAGACAAAACAAGAGCUGGGUCUGAAAUCGUUCACUCAUUCACUAUUUCCUAUAUAGUGAAUAGCAGUGAGUGAACGAAAUGAGUGAGUGAGGGCUGUCGCAGAAACAACGUCACAUAUGAACUUUUAAAAUACUCGGGCCUUACUUUUUAUUCUUAUUAAAUAAUAUAUUAAUACAAUAAAUCUUCAUUCUGAUUGUCAUUUUUAACAUAUAUGUUAAUAUAAAGAGUAAACACAUUUUAUCAAAUGUACAUUAUUUUAUUUAUUUGUUAUCCUUUAGUAUCUUUAAACUCCAAUACAAGCUGGGUAGCGUUUCUCAUCCGACCAUAAACAGCACCAAAGUUAUCAUAACCUACAUGUUAUAACUGAAUAUUUAAAUCAUCCACAGAAUUAUCAUUUCUACUGUGUGCAAUCUCCUGAGUUAAAAUAAUAUCACCUCAAUGAAUUAUUUAGUAAAUAAAGAAUUCUUCAGCUUAAUGGCAAAAUUCUGUAUAAAUAUGGAGUACAUUUUAAAAUGUACCUGUAUGUUUUGCCUCUCUAUAUGUUAUUAUGCUUAUUUUAAUCAGGUUAUGAUUUGUCAAAAAGUAAUUUAAUACAUUCAGCAUGAAAUAAAACAUUGCAGGAGAGAAGAAAGCAGUACACUCCCAGCUCGUACAUCUUCCCCACGGUGGAUUAUGGGCAAUUAACCAUCGAAUGUACACUCGAAAUUAGAGUGCAUUGUGGGUAAGAAUGAGUGAACAAAAUUAUGGAAUGAGUGACUCACUCAGAAUUCAGACUCCUACAAAAUGGUAGACACCCGAAAUGGGUAGGGGUCGGUUUCAGACACAGCUACGAUGAGAACAUGUUCUUGCGUUCAAACACAGCUUGACUGAGCGCAAAUACGAACGUAGGGAUCUCAAGACAUGUUUUACCAAGUUUCAAACUAUGUAUAGCUUGACACAGCGACCUAAAAACGGUAUGUUUAUGACACAACGCAAAUGAGAUGCUCCAAAAGCGUCUGACGCAGGUGUGCAGGUGAAAAGCCCUCAUAAUAAAUCUAUCUCGGACUGAUUGACGAAUUCAAUUGCAAAAUGGAUUGUGUGAACUGUAGGCCAAUUAUAGGCAGAUGACAUAAGUUCAAUAAUAUGGAAAUAAACAUAUAUUGCAUACUAAAGCCACUUUACAAUACAAUAAUAAAUAUUUUCAUUAAUAUUAGUUAUUGCAUUAGGUAUCAUGAACAAACAAUUAACAAUAUUUUUUUUUACAGCAUUUAUUAAUCUUUGUUGAUAUUAGUUAAUAAAAAUACAGUUGCUGAUUGUAAGUUCAUGUUAGUUCAUAGUGAAUUAACUAAUGUUAACAAACACAACUUUUGAUUUGAGAAAUGUUUUAGUAGGCUAUAUGUUGGAAUUAACAUUAACUAAGAUUAAUAAAAGCUGUAAAGUAUUGUGCAUUGUUAGUUCAUGUUAACGAAUGUUGUUAACUAAUGUUAACAAAUAGAACCUUAUUGUAAAGUGUUACUGUCUUUUUCAAUGCUUUACUCAUGUGCCACAAUGAUGUAAUGCAUUUUAAUUAUCUAUAUUAUUUUUUUUUAUUUUUAUAAUAUAUAUUUUAUUUAUAAUGAUUUAAAUGUAACUAUAUAUAAGUAUUUAAUCAUUUAUUGAAUUAUUAUUUGAGGGGCUUUCUAAGCAAAUAUUUAUAUAUGCGAUCAAUUGCGAUUAAUUCGAUAAAAAAAUUUAAUCGAUUGACAGCCCUAAUAUAUAUAUAUAUAUAUAUAUAUAUAUAUAUAUAUAUAUAUAUAUAUACACACACACACACACACACACACACACACACACACACACACACUGGCGGCCAAAAGUUUGGAAUAAUGUACAGAUUUUGCUCUUAUGGAAAGAAAUUGGUGCUUUUAUUCACUAAACUGAUCACAAUGUAUAGUCAGGACAUUAAUAAUGUGAAAAAUUACUAUUACAAUUUGAAAAAAAUUUUUCAGAACUUCUUAAACUACUUCAAAGAGAUUUCAUCAAAAAAUCCUCCACGUGCAGCAAUGACAGCUUUGCAGAUCCUUGACAUUCUAGCUGUCAGUUUGUCCAGAUACUCGGGUGACAUUUCACGUCAUGCUUCCUGUAGCACUUGCCAUAGAUAUGGCUGUCUUCUCACGCACCUUACAGUCUAGCUGAUCCCACAAAAGCUCAAUGGGGUUAAGAUCCAUAACACUCUUUUCCAAUUAUCUGUUGUCCAAUGUCUGUGUUUCUAUGCCCACUUCUUUUUGUUUUUCUGUCUCAAAAGUGGCUUUUUCUUUGCAAUUCUUCCCAUAAGGUCUGCACCCCUGAGUCUUCACUUUACUGUUGUACAUGAAACUGGUGUUGAGCGGGUAGAAUUCAAUGAAGCUGUCAGCUGAGGACAUGUGAGGCAUCUAUUUCUCAAACUAGAGUCUCUGAUGUACUUAUCCUCUUGUUUAGUUGUACAUCAGGCCUUCCACAUCUUUCUGUCCUUGUUAGAGCCAGUUGUCCUUUGUCUUUGAAGACUGUAGUGUACACCUUUGUAUGAAAUCUGCAGUUUUUUUUGGGCAGUUUCAAGCAUUGUAUAGCCUUCAUUCCUCAAAACAAUGAUUGACUGACGAGUUUCUAGAGAAAGCUGUUUCUUUUUUACGAUUUUUGACCUGAUAUUGACCUGAAAACAUGCCAGUCUAUUGCAUACUGUGGCAACUCAAAAACAAACACACAGACAAUGUUAAGCUUCAUUUAAUGAACCAAAUAGCUUUCAACUGUGUUUGAUAUAAUGACAAGUGAUUUUCUAGUACCAAAUUAGCAAUUUAGCAUGAUUACUCAAGGAUAAGGUGUUGGAGUGAUGGCUGCUGGAAAUGGGGCCUGUCUAGAUUUAAUAAAUGACUUUUUUCAGAUAGUUAUGGUGCUGUUUUUUACAUCAGUAAUGUCCUGACUAUACUUUGUGAUCAGUUGAAUGCCACAUUAGUGAAUUAAAGUAUCAAUUUCCUUCCGAAACAACAAAAUCUGGACAUUAUUCCAAACUUUUGGCCACCAGUGUAUAUAUGUAUAUGUAUAUAUACAUCAUAUAUAUAUAUAUAUAUAUAUGAAAGUAAAAUAACACUUAUUCAGUGUAACAACAAAAACUGCUUUUUCAAAUCUUAAGCUAUUGUUUCUGUAAACUAAUACGAUUGUAUACAUAAACAUUGUCAAACCUUGUUUUUUUGUUCUUGUGUCUAUUUUUAAUUAUUUAAUUGAUUACUAUGACCAGUACUAUUUAAAAAACUCUUUCAUUAAAAAAAAAUAAAUAAAUAAAAAAAUAAAAUAAAUAAAAAAGAAUGAAGAAAAUUUGAAAAUGUUGAAAAUGAGCUAAUACUAUAGGGGCAAAAGUGAACAACAUCUCUCUGCAUGUGGGGUUUGGGUAAAGUGCUGAAUCAAUUUCUGUCUAAUGUAAAUCAGUCAAAAAACUUCACAUUGCAAGACACAGAGCGUUCACUUCUCAAAUAAAUAUAAAUGGGGAUUAGUGCGAGUUAAACAUAAGAUACAUAUUGCUGCUUGGGCAUAUAUGAUCCGUUUUAGCCAAUUUGUUACAUGCAUAUAGCAGGUUAUUAUAGAGCACAUUUCUAAGCAUCUGCUGACUUUGACAAUGAUAAUGCCAUCAUAAUGGUGACAUGUCUGUAAAUCAAAUGCCAUAUUAAAGGCAUUUUAUUCAGCAAUGCUCCCAUAGACAGGAAGACUGUGUUGACUGAUAAGAUGCAUAUACAUCAAUGAGCAUUCGGUUAAAUGUUUUCAAUCAGUCAUGCAAGAAUCCUCCAUUUAAAUAAUGCCGGUAUAUACAGCCAGGUGAGUGAGUCCAGCAAAUGGGCUCAUAUCAUGCAUAUUAAAUGUGGCUAAUGACAAGACGUUACAUUGAAGUUUCUGUUAUAUAUACUGAUCUGUGCCCAGCCUGGGUCUUUCUCUUUUAAACUUAUUCUUAUAUCUCCCUUUAGUCUUUUCUUCCAUCAUGUUAUUAUGAAUGAAAACUUUCAUGUUAUUUAAGAUCAAAGAUUGUCUGUAAAUAAUGCAUCUUUGGUUACUGUACAAUGUGUUACCAUGUUAUCUCUUGUAUUGUCUGUACACAAUGCAAACCACUGUUGUGUUCACUUGUGAUGCAAUAAAAACUCUACAGCACACCUAA